AUGUCGAAAUUUUUCGCGCGAAUUUCUGGCUACUUCAGCAACCGUGCUUCCGCUGGGGUGGACAAAGCAGGAAAUCGCUACUUCUCCAGAAUAGAAGAGAUCGAUGGCGUAACGAAAGAGAAAAGAUGGGUGAAAUUUAAAGGAGAGCAGGAUCCAACUUCAGUACCAGUUGAGUGGAUAUCUUGGCUGAAUGGACAGCGGAAGAAUGCUCCAACUCCCGAGGAAAUGAUGAUAUUAGAAGCAAGGCGUGAACAAGUGAAACAAAAUGUUGCUCUUCUCAAAAAGGAGGAAGAGGAAAGAAAAGCCAAGGAGGGCAGUUCCCGCAAAGUUGUUACCUCAGGUAAAGGUUCAGGCCCAGACUUGAAGAGUUUCAUGCGACAGUUUCCUACUUCCGGAGAAGGUGGUAUCGUAACUGAGAAGGAAGCAGAUGAAUCAGAAAGAUUGAGGAAGGAGGAUCCAAAGACGGACGAAACUGAGCAAGAAGAGGCAGAAGGGGAACCUGUGCCACGGGGAUCAGAACCGACAGGAUCUGGAGCAACCUUCCGGCCGGGGACUUGGCAACCACCAACAUAA